AGAGUGAUAGAGAGAGAGAUAAGCAAAAGACGGUCGCGUUGAAAAGAAAAAGGAAGGGAAACGAAAAAUCGGAAGGAGGUGCCUGCCUAAUCAUCUCGAGAAAAGGAGUGCGUGUAGGUAUACAUAUUUACGGACAGAUGGGAGCGUGAUAGAAGAUCGGCAAAGGAAGAGUGUGGAUAUCGCACCGCACCGUUAACUUUGAACAGUAAUCAUUGUUGUCACGUAAGGUUCCAAAAUGGCGCUGAACCAGGACGUGGACCAGCUGAAGUCGAGCCUGGUAGUCCGCAUAGAUCAAAACUCCGAAUCGGACCUCCAGGCGCUUUUCGACAGCGUCUUAAAGCCGGACGCGAAAAGGCCGCUCCAGGUGCCGCUGCGUAUGCGCAACCUGCCGGACUCGUUCUUCAACCCGCCCUCGACGGGGAGCAAGAGCCCCUCGAUAAGCCAUUCCCGUGAGAACAGCGCCGAUUCGGCCUUCGGCGCAACCGGUGGCGGAGGCGGGGGCGGCGCCGGAGGCGGGGGACCGGCAGGCGGGAGCGCCGCCGCCGGCAGUGGUUGCGUUUCCUCAGGUACGACCGGCGCCGUCGGCAGUUGCACCACCAGCGCUGCCGGCACCCCGGGGUCGGUCGUCGGUUCGGGAGCCGGCGUCGUCGUCGGGGCUUCGGGGGCCGCCGGGGCCGGAUCGAAUAACGGAGGGCUCACCGUCUCCCAUCCCCGGGCCCACAGCAGCCCCGCUUCUCUGCAGCAGACCUACGCCUCUGCCCAGCAGUCCCAGCAGCACACACCCCAGCCCCAUCCUCGUCAUCAUCAUCACAAGCAACGCAGCUAUGACGUUAUCAGCACCGUCGAUGAUCUCGGACCUCUUCCACCAGGGUGGGAACAGGCGCGGACACCCGAGGGACAAGUUUACUUCCUCAAUCACAUGACACGGACUACGACGUGGGAAGAUCCUAGAAAAACAGCAGCAGCUGCCAGCGUAGCGGCUGUAGCUGCUGCAGUAGAAAGUGGUACUAAGAAUUCUAGUGCGGCUACAAGUUCGCUUGGACCUUUACCUGACGGAUGGGAACAAGCUAGAACUCCGGAGGGUGAAAUAUACUUUAUCAAUCAUCAAACGCGUACAACUUCCUGGUUCGAUCCACGAAUUCCGACACACUUGCAGCGUGCCCCUACUUCAGGCGCUAUGCUACCACAAACAUGGCUGCAGCAACCCGGCGCAGCAACAAUACAGAGUAGUCAAACGAUUCAGGCUUGUCAACGUCUUCAUUCCCUUCAAUUAGAACGGGAACGUUUGAAACAGCGUCAGCAGGAAAUAAUGAGACAGCAAGAACUUAUGCGUCAAACAACAACGGAGGUAGCAAUGGAUCCAUUUUUGUCAGGGAUAAAUGAGCAACACGCUCGUCAGGAGAGUGCCGACAGCGGUUUGGGUCUUGGAACGGCAUAUUCCCUUCCUCACACGCCGGAGGAUUUUCUGGGCAAUAUAGAUGACAAUAUGGAUGGUAGAAGCGAAGGAGCACCGAUGGAGACACCUGAUUUAUCUACACUGAGUGACAACAUAGAAUCAACGGACGACCUCGUGCCUUCGCUUCAGCUGGGAGAAGACUUCACCAGUGAUAUUCUGGAUGACGUUCAAUCAUUGAUAAAUCCUAACAUUAGUAAAUCUGAAAAUGAAUUAACGUGGCUGUAGCUAGUAUGAGCAGAUAGCGAUUGGUUAAAUCGAUCGGUAGCUGAGUCUUGGAAACUGCAAUAUUGCGCGGCGUAUGUUGCAACUGAAAUCGCUCAAACCGAUUUCUUAUGAAGAACAAGGGAACCGUGAGGUGCAAGUGCUUAAGUAAUUUGUAGAUUUGCAAAGAUUCAAUGUCAUAACUUUUUUUUUGUUUCUUUUUUUUCAAGACCUGAUAUUAUUAAUUUACAUCUGCUCAACAAUUUCUAUAUACUUAUACGUAUACAUAUAUGCAUAUGCGAACGAGUAAAAAAAUCCUCGUGUAUAUAAUAUUAAACAUGUUUAUAUCAUUGAGGUUACAUAGGAAAGAAAAAACAGCAAAAAAGUAUCUCGACAAUAAUAAGAAGAAGAGUAAAUACGUAAUCGUAUGUUUCAUAAAGAAAAAGAAUUAAAAUAUUUGAGAACACAACAUAUUAUCUACUAUCAAAUUCAAAGGUGUAAAAGCAUCCAAUUUGAUAGUUAAUUAACGUUUGCAUUCAUGGUGCUGAAUAAUUGAAACAAAAAAAAGAUUUUUUUUCUUUUCAUUAGUAUUUUAGUAAGUAUUAUAAGGUGUUUUACAAAGUUAUUUUUAAUUUGAUAGUAAUGAAAAUUAACUGCGACAACAUCGUAGGUAUUAUUACAUAAAUAGUCUUACAUUAACUCGUUGAGGCUGUGCUGUAUAGCGUUAAAUAUGAAUAUAUUACUUGUUCGUGUAAACUUUGUACAGCCAGUCGUAAUCAAAUAAUGAGCGUAAAGAGAAAUGAAAAAAAAAGAAGGGAAAAACAACAAUAACAACCGUAACACACGUCACAUUGGGACUUGUGCUGUGUCACUUGGCAUCAUUUGUGUUAAGUUCGAAAUUAUUUCCCAACAAUAUGAGAAUUUUCACACCUCCCAUUUUAUCAAUCGAAGUUUUGUUCAAUUCUUCUUCCUAAGUUGAUUCGGCAAAUAUUGAACAGUAUUCUGAUACCAUGACGUAUCGGAAACAGUAA